AUGUACGAACUCGUAUCGCUCGUCGACAAACGUAUCGACCAACACAACCAGAACUCAUACACGAUGAUGGGCAACGGCUUCGACUCCGCACCCGCACCCGCACCCGCGCCCUGCGAGGUCCUACGCGUGGUCGAGCGCCUCGGAGGUGCGCAGACAACAGUAGACCGCGUCGACCUCGCGACCGGCAGCGCCAUACCCUUCUACGUCGUCCACAGCAACAAGGACAACAAGACUGUCGCCGUGCUGCACGCGGAUCCCCGAGCGCAGGCGUCGGGAGAGGCGCUGGGGACCGCCAAGUACCACUCGCUCUCGUCAAAGAUCGACGUCGUUCUCCGCGGGGUGCCGUUCAAGAUGAGGACCAACACGAUGGGCACCUCGCACAGAUUCGACCACCGCGGCCUGACUUACAGCUGGAGCGUCUCCAGCUUGAGCGUGUCGAUGAGCACAUUGUACUUCAAAGAUGCCGGGGACAACCUGUUGGCGAGGUGGAAAAAGCGCCCCGACGGUAUCAUGGGCGGCGGGCUGAGCGGGGGGUCGGCGCCGACUUUCGAGGUGUUUGUGCCGCCCCAGAGCAUCGAUAUGGAUAUGGUCAUUGUGACGGGUUUGGCAUCAAUCGAGUAUUGGAAAAAGUACAAGAAGGACUCUUUGACGGCGGUGGGUGAGGCUUUCAGUGUUCUUUGA